AAAGGAUUUUCUUGCGAUGCUCCGGCCAAAGCAUUUAUUUUAAAUAUUAAAGGUCAUACAGGGUAUUUUUCUUGCACGAGGUGCAAGCAGGAAGGUGAGUACUUCGAGAAUAGGGUGACUUUUCCUGAUACAUCAGGGACUCAGAGAAGUCACCAAGAGUUUUUGAGGUAUGAUGAUGAUGAAUUUCACCAUGGUCCAACACCAUUGAUAGCUAUUCCUGGUCUGCAGUUCUGUUCCUCUUUUGCGCUUGAUUAUAUGCAUCUAGUUUGUCUUGGUGUAACUCGUACACUAUUUUUUAUUUGGCUAUUUGCAAAACCUCCCCUCAAACUGUCUGCUUUUUUCAUCAAUAAAAUGUCAGAUCAACUCAUUUUUCUCAGUUCCUUCAAGCCGUACGAAUUUUGUCGCAGACACCGAAGCCUUGAAUUUGCGAAACGCUUCAAAGCAACUGAGUACCGACAGUUAUUAUUGUAUACAGGUCCUGUCGUACUAUUGAAUCACAUCAGCGAUGAGCACUAUAAUCACUUUUUGUGCUUACACGUUGCCAUGACCAUUUUACUAAGCCCAAAAUUGCAAAACAAGUACCAUGAUUAUGCUAAAGAUCUUUUGAAGCACUUUGUUGAGUCCACUAAAACCCUGUACGGACAAGAAUUUUUAACGCAUAAUUUUCAUGGGCUUUUGCAUUUGGCAGAUGAUUUAGGUUAUUUUGGAUCGCUUGAAGUUUGCAGUGCUUUUAAAUUCGAAAAUUAUUUAGGGCAGUUGAAGAAACUCAUUCGU